UGCUGCUUUAGCCUGUGCUUGCUAAAAGGUGACAUUAAAGCUGAACUUCAUUUGUAAGAGCAAAAGGGUGUGCUCAUACCAGUGCUGCCUCAAAUACACAAGGUUCAUAAGGAUGACGGAUGUACAGAAACAGCCGACUUCUGAGGAAAUGAAGAGUGACCCAAGCAUGUAUGCCCCACCUCCCUACCCUUUGGGAGACACCCAGACAGAGCCCCCUCCUCUGGUCAUGCCCCCACCUUACCCCUAUGGCCCUAUAUCCCAGCCCCCUUACCCUCCUGUACAGGGAGAAAAUUACUCUGGAAACCCUCCACCCCCCACAUACCCCAUGUCCCAGGGUGGCUACUUAACUGACAACCUGCCCCCAGAGUGCACACCAGUGGAGAGCACAGGAAUUACAAAUCCAGUGGCUGGGACCUUUCUUAAAGCAUCAUCAUUUGACAAUGACACUGUGCGAAGGGCGUUCAUCAGAAAGGUGUUCAGCGUGGUCACAAUGCAGUUACUAUUCACCUUCUCUGUUGUGUGUGUGUUCACCUUCUCGGAAGUGGUGAAAAGUGCAGUGCAGAAGAACAUCUGGAUAUACAUCAGCUCCUACAUUGUCUUUGUAGUGGUGGCCAUGUGCCUGAGUCUCUGCUCCUCCUUCAGUCGGACACACCCCUGGAACAUGAUAGGGCUGUCUGUGGUGACUGUGAGCCUGUCAUACGUGGUUGGGACCGUGGCUUCCUUCCACAACACCACUGCCGUUGUCAUUGCUAUGGGCGCAACCCUCACCAUCUCUUUUACCAUCAUCCUCUUCUCUGCUCAGACUCGUGUGGACUUCACCAUAUGUAACGGCAUUCUGUUCAUUCUGGCAGCGGACCUGCUUAUGUUUGGCUUCUUCAGCAUAUUCUACUAUUCCCAGGCCCUGCAGAUUUUGUAUGGAUGUCUGGGAGCCUUGGUCUUUGCACUGUUUCUGGCAGUGGACUGCCAGCUAGUGAUGGGAAGGGAGAAGUACGGCCUGAGUCCUGAGGAAUAUGUCUUUGCAGCCUUAGUCAUCUACCUGGACAUCAUCACCAUCUUCCUGUACAUCCUCAUCCUUCUUGGAGGCAGCUCCAACAGCUAGCCAAAGCUACACACAGCCUAUUAAAAAUGCAGUAAGAGUGAAUCACCUGGUGUUACAUGAAUUUUCAGAAACGUGCUUAAAAGGCGUCAAGAAAGGUUCAUAAAGGUAUGUCAUCUAGUAUUUUGCAGAUAAUAAAUUAACAUUUUACUACUGAUUGAAUUUUCUGUUUCUGCUUUUAGGUAAUUCUGUAUGAUAGCGAAUUUUAUAUUUUCCUGUAAGACAGUCAAGCUGAUGGAAAUAUGAGAGAUGGUAGUGUUAACCUGUUGCCAAUUUGUUGCUUCUACAACUGUGCAGUGCAUGUUUGUUUUUUUUUGUUUUUUUUACUAGAAUAGGAUCAACUAGCUACAACUAUAUUUAAUGGUAUUGUUAAUAGAUGAACAAUAAUAAUAAACCCCUUGUAUGAUUAUUUACAAA